UCACGUGACAUGGGUUGGAAGAUGGCGUCUCCCACAGACGGGACAGAUCUGGAAGCAUCUUUGCUAAGUUUUGAAAAACUUGACCGUGCCUCACCAGACCUUUGGCCUGAACAAUUACCUGGUGUUGCUGAAUUUGCAGCUUCCUUCAAAAGUCCUAUUACUAGCUCUCCACCCAAAUGGAUGGCUGAAAUAGAACGCGAUGAUAUCGACAUGUUGAAAGAACUGGGCAGUCUCACCACAGCUAAUUUGAUGGAGAAGGUACGAGGUCUACAGAACCUGGCUUAUCAGCUGGGUCUGGAUGAGUCCAGAGAGAUGACGCGGGGGAAAUUUCUUAACAUCCUAGAGAAGCCCAAGAAGUAGCAACUGCUUGUGGACAGGAUGACCUGGGAACUGAAGCGGUGCUCCCUUCCCAGUGAGCUCUGACCAUGCAACCUCACUGCUGCCUCCGGCGGGCGAGUCUGGGGAGUACACUCCAGGGCGACACCCUUCCCUGCUCCUGGCACUCUGCCUCUGAGAACUGCUGAGAACUGCUGGCAGCAAGAGAAUACGCUCCACCCGAGGAGAGGAUCCGGAUCGUUGCAGUUACUCAGUCAGCUUCCAGACUUUGACGAUCUUAGCCUGGAAUGUGGCCAACACCAGAGGGUGUAUUGCUCUUAAAGCUUAAAGUCCUGCUUCCUUGUUUUCGGGCAAGAUUCCAGAGCCCCAGAAUCUUAGAGCUGAUUUGAUUCUAUCAUGGCAAAGUCAAUGGGGUGUUCUUUUGAGUUGCACUUGAUCUAUUAGGAAGUAUUUCUGAUGCAGGGAAACCAGGAUCUGAACCAAUCCAGGCAGCCCAACCUGUGAUCUCUCCAGUAUGUCUAGGUUCUAACAAUCCCGACAGAGAAACCAGUGUCGUCUCAGACGGUACAGCUGCUUUUUCAGUUCCCCACAUUCUCCAAAGCAUUGCUCACCGCCAUGUCCUGCCUGCAGGUCCUGCACAGGUGAGUGGGAGCAGCGCGUGCCCCAUGCCGUGGGCUUGUAGAGGGAAGGCUCAGCAAGGUGACGUUGGGUUCUAGACCUCAAGACCAGGAUGAGAGUAGCAGAAGGACCCAGUGAGUUCUAGAGAAUCUGUCCCCGAUUUAGAAACCAGAAAGCCUAAUGACCCUUAAAGAAAUGCCCUGCAGGAUGGCGGCAAUAUUUUGUCCCCCACAGCAGCACAUUUCAGACCCUUCACUGACAGAAAUACACAUGAGAGAGACAGAUUUCCUGACAAUACAGCUCCUCUGACAAAGCUCUUUGCCAGUAAUUUGUCCUGAGUUCAAACCUGACCAUCUGGCCCGUGGUGUCCUACACUGUCUGAAAGAAACUUCUGUGUGGCAGUGGCCUUGGUGUGAUGGUGUUUGGACACGUGAAGCAGUGGUCAACCUUUUGGCCCUGGGUCUCUGUGCUAAGAUCCAGCGCCCUCCAGUGUGGUGCCAUGCUCCCCAGGCUAGAAUUCAUGUUGGGGUUUUCUCUCACGUGUGUCCUGUGUGUAUGCAUGCCAUGUCGCUUACCGAUCACGAGACACCGAGGACAGGGAAAGAGGAAUACAUUCUGCCUGGUGCUCCAGAGAGGCUUUGACUUUGUAGAGGUUUUGGCUUUAGGUUACCCUAUAUACUCAAGUAUAAGCCGACCCGAAUAUCAGCCAAGGUACCUAAUUUUACCACAAAAACUGCAUUAAAAAUGUGCUGGAAAAUCUGGCUUAUACACGAGUAUAUACAGUAAGUUUAUUGACACUCCUUUAUCUCAUUGAAUACGGUUAGCGAGGGAGUAAGUGAGGUGAGUGAGUGAGAGAGGUGAGUGAGUGAGUUUAAGAAGUAGUGCCCUCGUGUCUCGUUCUUCUUUGGCUCUGUUUUCGAGAGUUGACGGCAUCAGGCACUUUUAAAUGCUUGGGGAAACCUGGGAUUAUCAGCAGAUUUCUCCCAAACCGACUUAAGACUGUAACCUGAAGCCCCGAAGCUGGUUUCCUGGUGUUUGCUUGGGCCUGUUUCUUUCAUUGUCAUCUUAUUCACCAGCACUUAAUGUAAGUAGAUGUUUUAGAAUUGCAAUAUUUAUUGGUUUUAUAUUUGCCAUCCUUAGAAAUGUUAAUGAUGUAUUUUUAUAUUGAUAAUAUAAAUUUAUGUAGUGUGUGCGUGUAUGUAUUUCAGAAUGUUAGAGAAUUGUGCCCUGUAUAUGAUGGUUUCUGUGUCUUCAUAAUAAACAUGUCCCUUUUAUAGGA